AUGGGUAUUUACGAAGCAGGACCAAGAAGCGACCCGCCAUUAUUCGAAGAUACAAUAUUAUGCGCUAGAACAACGAUCAGACAGAACGAAUUAGCUUUUAUUGAAAGUGAAAAGAAUUUCGGAGUUUCUAUGGACUAUUCUUACAAAGACAAAGAGACACUAGUAUCAUUUAGCGAAAUUCUUGGUCAAAUGUGCAAAGUAGAGUUCUUACUUCCUUUAUUUAAUAAUUUAGAUUGUAAAAUUGUCGACAACAAAGUUUCUUACGAAGGAUUAAUCAUUGAUGUCUUCUCAAGUACCCUAUCCAUGUCAUCGGAAGCCCAAAAGUUCUUCGCAGAAGCAGAUGGAUUCCAUAUUAUAUCCCAUUUGCUCAUGACAUGUGAUAUGAAACACAUCAAUUAUGAACUUUACUUACAUUUCACGGCAAUGCUUGAAUGCCUUAAGGAAGACUUACUAAUAACAGAGCUACUCGAUGCCAUUCUCCUUAACCUAUCUUUAUGGAGCAGAAGUGAUGGAAUUUCCCACACAAGAAUUUUGAAACACUGGGCAAGGGCGUUAUUCACAUCUUACUCGAGUUACUUCCAUCAGUUAAGGCCAAUGAAACAGUUGCUAACCAUUAUGAAGCUGUAUUACGGACCUUCCUUGAACAAAAUUAAAAUUGCAGAAAAUGUAAACAUAAAUGACUGCUUGAGAGCCAUCGAAUACAUCAUAUUACAGAUGGCAAUUGAGUUCGGAGUCACAGACAACGAGUUUCUCUUCUUAAUUGGCAUAACAAUCACUCCAAAUUCUCCGACAAAGGAAUUCUUGCAUAUUAUCGGUGAGUUAUUGCAAAUAAAGCCAUGUCCAAUGAAAGAAGACUUCACAAAUGAUAGUUUGAGUCUUCUAAUGCUCACUUUUUCCUUUAAUGAUGAAAAUAUUAUUUCAAUGGUCUUCGAAAUCCUCUUCAUUGCCCAGCAAAACAACUUGUUCAAAGAGAUCACUGUCCAAGACCACAUCAAUAUCAUCCUUAGCCAAAUGACACACGAUAUUGUCCGAGAAUCUUUGUUUUCAACACUGACCGAGAUGAUGAUAAAUGGGUUCUUUGAACUGUUGCCGAUCGUCUGCUGGCUCGCGAUCAAUUUAGGACAAACUUUCAUAAUAAAAUUGUCAGAUAAGUUGGUCCCUGAUCCUAAAUACUGUUUGGAAUCAACAUGGUUCUUCUGGCCAAUGAUACUGAUCAUCAAUUCUCCGGCUUCUUGCAUUGAUAAAUUAUUUAAUUUCUUAAUCUUCUCGAAUAUCGAGAACAUUGCGGAAACAAUCGAGAAUAUAUACGAAUCCAUUGAUGUUAUCGCCGAAUCCUUAGGAAUCCAAGAGACAUCAAAUCUGAAAUGCAAAUUCUUACAUAUAAUUGCAGAUUAUUUGUUGAAUAACGUUUGCAGGAAAGAUUUGAUCCACUCCUUCUUCAAGAUUGUCGAAGAAUUCAUCUUCUACGACAAUGAUAACAAGGCUUUAUCAACAUUGACACUUUUUUCUCCAUUUGAGAAGUCAGUUUUACGAAGAAAGAGGUCAAUGACAACACAAGAUGUAUCUAAGGAAUCGUAUUUCAUGAACUUCAGACAGAAAAGUGGCAAAUCCAUGUGGAUGACACCGAAUGAAGUGACUAAUUUAAUCAGAAACAACCAAAGGAAACAAAGUGAAACAAAAAUGAAGAUGUUUUCACUUCGAAUUGCAGCAGAUGGAGAUUGGCAAGACCACGAUUUGGCUGAGAAAUGUUUGAGAUUGUUCCAAAGAUGGAAUUCCCAAGAUUUCAUCUCUUUCGACAUCCUACUUUGCGUGUUUUUGGUUCCUUAUUAUUAUGAUAUUGUCAAAAGUCACUUUUUGAAAUUAAAUUUGUCACAAAGUGUUUUAUCUGACAAUAUUCCAUUAUUCGCAUUAUUGAACAUGAAAUGCGCAGAGAACUCCCAUCCUUUGCUAUUCAGAUUGCCUGAAUCAACAAUGAAUGAAGCGUCAAAAGCAAUUGAUGAAUUUGUAAAGAAAAGUGAAAUGACCACUCAAACAAAUGAUUCCUUUGUUUUGUUAAAGAUGUGGCAGAGUAAUACAAACACAAUACAUGAAAAAUCGAACAAAGUAUUGAGUCUAUUAGACAUAAAAGCGAUUUCUAUGUGUUCAAAUCAAGAAAGGAAUUUUAUCUUUAAAUUACAAAAGAACAGAAGAGAAAGUGAGAAAUUAUGGACGAGAUUAUGGCGAAAUCUUACAAUUGAUGGUGCUCCAUGGACCAUUGCCAACAAAAUAGAAACAAAAAUCGCUUUGAAGAGAGAUAAUUCUUUGUGUUCAUUCGGUUGUCCAAGUCGUCUAAAAAGAGAUUGGCCGAAAUACAAAUACGAUGAUAUUCCACAGCUACAAUUCAAAGCCAUUGCGAAGAACGAAUUCCUCUGUGAAAUUGUCAAUUGUUUCUCAGUGACAAAAGCGAUUUUCUUCAUCCAAAAUUCGAUUUUCUUGAGAAAAGAAGAAGGAUCAUUAAGAGAAUGGCCUUUUGACACAAUAAAAUACGUAAUACAACAUAAGAAUAUAAGAAAUAAAAAGGCAAUAGAGUUCUUCUUCAAAGACAAGAAAACAAAAUUAUUGUGUUUUAACGAUGACGAUUAUUCUAUCGUCUUUAAUACGUUAAAAUCAAACAAAUUAACGAUACAAAAUACAAAUGUCAAUGUUUUCACGAAACUUUGGCAGCAGCACCAGAUAUCUACAUUUGAUUAUUUGAUGCAUUUGAACAGGUUGAGCGGAAGAACAUUUAAUGAUUUGGAACAUUAUCCGUUGAUGCCGUUUUUGAUUAACGAUUUCGGAAAAAUUUUUGAAUUGGAAAAGUCAGAAUUUUUGAGAGAUUUACGAAAACCGAUGAGCCAAUUAGGUGAGAACAGGAUCUUGGAGAUAAUGAGCGAGUUUAAAAAACAAGGACCAGAGAACUUCCACUUGAACGCAUCCCAAUUAUCUCCUGACGACGUAAGAAAUGAUUUAUCAAGAUUGUCACCUUUUUCACAUGAAAAACCGUUCAAAAGUUAUGAAGAAAUAUACAAGAAUUCGACGGAAAGUAUGAACUCAUUUAGUGAAUUACCUGCAGAGUUCUAUUUCCUUCCAGAAGCCUUCAUUUCUUCUACAAAAGGAAAUCUAAUUUUCCCUGAAUGGUGUAAUAAUUCUGCUUUCGAGUUUGUCUACUUAAAUCGAAAAACUCUCGAGUCGGAGAUAGUUUCCAAGAACAUCUCAAGGUGGAUCGACUUAAUCUGGGGACCGUUGCAACAAGGUGUCGGUGCAAUUCCAGCUUUUAAUUUAUUUAAACCUGAAAUUUACUCUCAAAACCCAAAAAGUGACACUAAUUCAAAAAGUGACUCUGGUUACUCCCCCUUAAAAUUAUUUAAUGAUUUACAUCCGAUUCGCGAACAAAAGAAGAAGACAAACUCAUUAGUUAAGAACCAGAUUGUUCUCCAAAUCGUUUCUGAUUCGAUUGUUUUCACUUGUUGCAGGAAAUCGAAGUCAAAUUCGAAUUCUUAUCACAUCAUUACGUUGGAUGAAUGUGGAAAAAUCACUGAUUCAAUGGUUGACUUCAUCCAAAUUGUGAAACACGUGAACAAAGAAAUGAACUCGAAUUCGAUCAUUCCGAAAUCGAAUUCGAAGAGAAUCACGUUUGGAAAUCUCAGCCAAUCAAUCGCAAACAUCAAACAAGCUGCACAAAUCGCUUCACAAAUCGAAUCCCAGAAUUCUUUCUCCAAGUUUAAGUCAAACCAAAACGAUACAAUUGUUUCAUCGUUUUCUUUUGACAAAUUACAGGAUUUCGACAGAUCUUCUUCGAUGUCCAACUUGGCAGGCUCAUUUUUGAACGCGAAUACACAACUUAGAAGAAGUUCUUUCAAUCCUACAGGAUCAGGAAUGAGUUGUCCAAGCACUGUUUUGUUCCAAAUCGAUGAUUUCUCGCGAAUUAUUACUAAGAAGAAAGAAGGAAAAUUCGCAGAAUUAAAUGAUUGUUCAACAAUUUGUUUCGUUAAUGCAGGAAAUGUUACUUAUGUAAAUAAUGGAAAACUGCAGACAAUGAAGACAAAUAUACAAGACGUCACGUUGAUCUCUGCGAAUAAGAAUUGGUUCGUUACAGCAAACAGAGGAUGUGUUUUAACAUUUUAUAAACAAGAAAAUCCUUUGAGUACUGAAAUGAAAUACAUUUUCUCAAUUCCUUUAUACAGAGAUUCAGUGAUGUGCGUGUCUAUUUCAAGGAGUUUCGGAUUGGCAGCUUGCGGAACAAGAGAUGGUUUCUUGUUCUUCAUUUCUUUGAGUAGAGGAACAAGUUUCGCAACUGUUGAUUUGGGAGAACAAUCAAGACCUUGCAAGAUUUUGGUAACUCAUCAAUGGGGUUUCGUCGUUGUUUAUAUGACUGUUCUUCAGAAAGGAAUACUUAACCACGUAAUUGCUGUGUACAGUCCAAACGGAAAUCUCAUUAGACAGAGGUCAAUCGCCUCUGCAAUCUCGUCUUGGUCUUGCUACAAGUCGAAUGAUGGUUUCGAUUAUAUCAUCGCAGCUGAUGACAAAGGAAGAAUUUACAAGUUUGAAGCUUUCUAUCUGAACAUCGACGAACAGAUUUACAGAUGCUCGUGCGAAGUUCCUUUUGUUACUUAUCUUCCGGAGCAAGGAGGAGUUCUUGCUGUGACAGUUGACGGAAGAAUUAUUUUUGCGCCAUGUUAUUAA